GCUCUCUCCGCCAAACCACCAACCACGCCCAUAACAUCCGCUAUAUUUUUGCUCCAAUUUAUCAGAAACGAGGUGGUUGACGGACACUACCCACCGUCGUUAGCCUCCAGCACAACAAUUCUUAGUAUAGAGGAGGAAACUCGAAACUUUUAGAAUAGAUGAUUACUCACCGUCCCCGUCACUCACGCGCGCGCGCACGAGCUCACUCACGGCGAGAAUUAAGGUACCGCACCACUCGACAUAAUUUCACUAGAGACCAUGCCAUGCAACGGAUUCGCUGUCUUGUCGAACACGCAGAUCGUCUUAGGAUCGGAGAACAGGAUGGUUGUGUGGCGCAUGGAUAUUAGACUCCUGGACAUAAACAUGAAGAGCUGCGAUUGAAGAGAAGAACCAGCCUUUAGCAACACAGGAAGUCGAGAGACAGAGAGAGUUCAACCACCGCCAACCCCCACCUCCCACCCCACCAUAUUUCUCUCCUUUUCUUUUUCAUUUCCUCGACAAUCAUCCGUAGCAUACUGAAUGACUCCUACUUUGAGACGUGGAGCAGGGCCAUGCCACUGGGCUGAAGAGGAACCACACAGGGACAAGUCAAAGUGCUGACGGAGGCCCUGGGAGGAAGGGCCUGGAGUUUAACAAUCUCAGGCUCGUGCUGUCCUAACCUAUGUGCCGGUGAUAGAUUUUACAGUCUCGUAGUGGUUAAUAACCGUGGCGAUCUGACGGGAUCUGUUGUCACAAGAUUGUUAUCUGUGACUGUACUCUGACCUGUACAGCCACACACACACACACACACACACACACACACUCACACACACACACACACACACACACACACACACACACACAUUCCUCAGGCUCUUUCCCAACCACAGAGGCCAUCAUGAUCCUGAAGAAGAAAGUGUGCCUUGUUGGGUCGCUUGGUAGCAUCCUGUUUUUUAUGAUCAUCACACACAUCCAGAAGGGCGCUAUCUUUCCUGGCUACAUGGUGGCCUUCACAGGCACCACAGAGCACAUGGCAGCAGCCACCAGCCGUACGCCCACGCCACCCCCAACCACCACCACAACCACCACCACAACCACCACCACCACCACCACUACAUCUGCCCCCCGAACACACAGCUGCAGCUGCCACACCUGCGUGGCAGACUCCAGGGUGUCCAAGUGGUUCGACCAGCACUUCGACCCCAAGCAGCAGCCUUACCUCAUCAAGGGAGAGAACCAGAUGGACCCUGACUCGCUGAAAUGGUGGAUGGGCCUGCAGCGGGCGUCGUAUGAUGUGACGCUGGAGCAGGUGAUCCAUAAGAUGUUCGAGGUGUUCUCGUCUCCGGAGGCGGACUGGGCGCCCCGACGGGACCAGUGCCGCAGGUGUGCCGUGGUGGGAAACUCAGGGAACCUGCUUGGCUCACACUUCGGAGCCACCAUCAACACUAACAAUGUGGUCAUACGAAUGAACAAAGCCAUCACGCGAGGGUUCGAGGUGGAUGUGGGGAACAAGACCACCCACCACAUCAUGUAUCCGGAAAGUGCUGUGGACUUGUCUCCCGGUGUGCAUCUCGUGCUUCUACCGUUCAAGCAGCUUGACCUGCAGUGGUUGACCAGUGCCCUGUCCACCGGGGAAAUCACCAAGACGUACAUGAGGGUGAGGAACCUGGUCAGAGCCGACAAAGACAAGGUGGUGGUAGUCAACCCAACGUUUUUCCAGUACACCCACGAGAAGUGGAACGAGAAGCAUGGGAGGUAUCCAUCCACUGGAAUGCUGGCCAUCAUAUUCGCCCUACAUGUGUGUGACGAGGUGUCUGUGUUCGGCUACGGCGCGAACGAGAAGGGCCACUGGCACCACUACUGGGAGAACAACCGGAAUGGCGGCGCUUUCCGCAAGACAGGGGUGCACAACGCCGACUUUGAGAACGAGAUCAUCCACAAGCUCCACGAGGCCGGGAAGAUCCGACUCUACAAGAGAUUGGAGCAGGAGUCGGGGGGAGGGGGAAGGUAG